AUGGCGUCGCCAUCGCCGCCGCUACGCGUAGCCGCCUGUAGCUACUUCCGCCUCGAGAGCAAUCGCACCAGGGGGCUUAAUAUCCUGCGCUGCUUUCCGCACUGCUGUCCGGAGCAUAUUGACCGAAGCUACUGCGGAUCCUCACUGAGUGUGAAGAUUCGACUAGCGGAACGUCCGGUUGGAAGUGUCCCACUUCAGCCUCCACCCAGUGAGACGCUGGCAGUCUUUGCCCGCUUCGAAGCGGUCAAUGAUGUGAGUCUCCGACCUGGCGAGUGCGUCGAGCAUUCACUGAAAACUUAUGUGAUGGAGCGCGUCGACGUGGACAUGGACGACAAUUUUACGACCAUUUCAAGUCGAGAGGCCUACACGCAGUUGUACCGCGUGUUGCAUGUGGUCUCGUCGCCUGAUUUUAAAGACAUUUCGUUCCGACGAGCUCCUCUGGACCAACUACAAGCUGCACAAGCACACGCUGUUGUGCAGUUGGCUACACAACAGAGUCUGCAACAAGUGAAGGGAGAACCACUAGGACUUCAAACUGGAAGUGCGUCUCCCAGCACUCAACGUGCAAUGGGCGUGUCGAAACAGAUACUUCCUCAAAGUGUCUACUCACCGGCGCAUAACGCGAGCGUCAUGCCAAUCGCUCACGCACGUGACGUCUCACUAGGGGGUGGGAGGAUUUCUACUCGCCCAGGUGGGUCUCAUAAAGAGAAUCUUCUAAAUGAAGCCAAACGUCAACGUCGACAUACUCCGCCAAGGUCAAGCGACCAGGGAAUGAUCCACCCUCUGCAAGAUAAAUUAAUCUGGGAGCACGUCAAUGCACCCGCCGUAGCGGUAUCCAAGAAUGUGGCUCUACUUCUCGCGUUCGUCCGCUGGGUACCUGUCAGACUUUAUGCGCCGCUAGUGGACGAAGUGGUGAACUCGAUCAAACUCAAACUGCUUGACACGUCCAGGUCGACCCCAAACAAAGACAAUCUGGACUUCUUCUCACGGUUAAUACUCCAGCAUGCCCACGUAGAGGAGAGUGUACGAGCUGCUGGCAGUGGUCCACUCCCACUGGAGCUGGAGACUCUCCUUCGAGUAGCUAUUCAGACGGUGCUGUGGUUGCUCUCUCAUGAAACGCUUGGCUGGUUUCGAGAGUUUUUCCGCCUGAACGCCGCUCUGACAUUGGACAAGAAGGCGAUCCGGUCGUUUUUUAUUCAGUUUUUACUUGAACUAGAGGAGCAUUUGAACGCAGAGGUGUUUGCAGCCUCCACCCUGCACAGCUUGACCAACAUGGCAGAGCAGGUGAUUGCAGCGGUGUAUUCGCAUGAAUGUUUCCACAGUCGUCGGCCUCUAGUGCGGCAAAUCUUAAGUGGCCAAAGCUUCGCUGGGUGGAACAUGUUCGUCGCUCAGAUGCGAGAUAUUUACAUUGGUACUAUAAGCUCACCACAGUAUCUCGAUCGUAAGGCCACUUUCAAGACGGCGUUCCCUCUUCACAAUGCUGUCGAGCGCAACUGGAAUGGAGAAUGGCUCUUGGACACGGAUGACGUGCAGUGGGAUAUCAACGAAGCUAGCUCCUCUUUCGGUCGCAAGAUGGAUGCUGACCCCAGAGUGCCCAACGUGUCACUCUUUUCGAUGGUCGAGAUGAUGACGCAGAUUGUACGAGUUGAGGUAGCUCUUGACGUCCAAGGGAGGUCAUUUCGAGUACGAACACCGCAAAGUAUGGCUGGUUGUCUUGACUGUAUGAGUCUGGUACUAGAUGGCAAGGAACGCGUGUUUCGGAUGCUUCCGAAUGGGAUGUCGACAGGUGCCGGAUUGGGCUCUUACGGAGAUUACUUUGGUACAAUGCGCGUCGAGGCACUAGGUCAACUAAUUCUCUUCCUCGAGAUGUUCAACUGGUCGCUAGAAGAAGGAUCUUCCUCCUACCGUGUACGUUCUUGUAUCGAGCUUCAGCGAAAUGGUCAACUUUCUGUCAGAGGCGAUAUCCUGGUGACUACAAGGUCGAGUACCUUCACAGCAGAAGAAAUCCCGUACGUGGGAGAAAUGAGUCUGCGUGUCAAGCGUAAAUCAGUCGAAAAGGCUAGUGCGAGAAGGGUUCCUGCCGCUGGUGCACCAAGGGAUGCUCUUAGUAUUCCCUAG